AGCUAGUUUAUAGUUCAGUUCAAUUCUCUCAGUGGAGUGAAAAAGGGCAGAAGACCGCAGCCAAAAAUCUCCUGAAACCUGUAAAUAGUUAAAUAUUUGCUGUUUAAAACCUGUGUGAUCAAGGGUUUAGGUUUUAAUCCCGUGAGAAGGAUAAAAACAUCCUAAUAUAUUUUUGUGACGGAGAGAAUCAAAUAUAUCUAUAUUUCUAAUAUACGAUAUAUGUGUAUAAUCCUAUAUUUAGCAUAUGCUUAAAUUACACAUCAAGGUUAGUUGGCCAUGAGGAAGAUGGCUGGUAGGAUAAUAGUACCCGGAGAGGAUUGAGGUUGGAGUGGUUUGAAGGACCCAGAGAGGAUUGAAGGAACCAGGAGGAAAAUCCAACCUUCAAUAUGGAUCAUAGCGUUAAAGCAAUGACGAGCCAUAGGAAGGUCAUCUUCAGCCGGCUAGUCAAUAGACACAGAUUUGAGAAUGAAGAGCUGGAAUGUUUAUUCCGCCGAUAUAUUCUUCGCCUUCAACAUGCGAGUAUAACAGCUGCCGUUGCGCUCUUUGUAGUGCUCACAGCCGCCCUUGCUACAACCAGCUUUGUGAGCAUUCAGGCACCGACAGUGCGCAACCUUUACGAUAGCGCGCACUGCGGAAUAUUUGUGGUGAUAUUCAUCGUGCUGUGCACGCGCGUUGUCGAUGAUUUGUAUCUUGGAUAUGUUUGCUACGGGAUUCUGGUCUUCUGCGCCUCCUUCUCCGUCCUAGCUCUUCCAGUUUCGUUCGGGUGGAGUUUGGAUAGAGAGCCGCCCCGUCACGAGAUGGUUGAAGGAGUUUGGGAGAUCGUCUUCUCAACAUUUCUGGUUUACGCUAUGCUUCCUCUUAGGAGUUGGAUUGCAACCUCCUUCUCCCUCCUCCUGGCUGGUAUCCACACCAUCGUGAGCAUCUCCCUGGUGGAGCACCACACCUCCCUGGUGGAUAGAUGGCAGCAGCUGGCUGCAAACCUACUGGUCUUCUUGUCGGUGAAUCUGGUCGGACUCUUUAUACACAACCUGACAGAGGAGGGACAGAGAAGAGCUUUCCUAGAUACCAGGGACUGUAUUGCUGCUAGACUGGAUAUGGAGGAUGAGAAUGAGAAAUUGGAGCGACUGUUGCUGUCUGUCCUACCCCAGCAUGUCGCUGUCGAGAUGAAGGGAGACAUCAUGUCGCCUGUCGAGGGACAAUUUCAUAAGAUCUAUAUUCAACGACAUGAGAACGUCAGUAUCCUGUUUGCUGAUAUAGUUGGUUUCACAACCUUGUCCUCCCAGUGUACAGCCCAGGACCUUGUCCGCCUACUCAACGAACUGUUCGGCCGGUUUGACCAGCUCGCAAAUGUAAGUUUUGUGUCACCUAUUUAUCUCAACAAGUCUGUUGUUGAGGCUACAGAGGUUGAACUGAACAUGAGAGUUGGUUUACACUCCGGUCGAGUACUCUGUGGAGUUCUGGGACUCAGAAAAUGGCAGUACGAUGUUUGGUCCAAUGACGUCACUCUUGCAAACAAUAUGGAAGCAGGGGGUAUUCCGGGGCGCGUUCACAUAACCCAGAGCACCCUGGAGAACCUUCGAGGAGAAUAUCAGGUGGAACCUGGUCUAGGACAUACAAGGAACCAGUAUCUUAGAGAAAACAAUGUGACAACAUUUCUGAUAGUUCCUCCGUCCCACCGUAGGAAACCAUUCUUGUUCAACACUCUCAACGUCUUUAAUACAGUUGGUGGUGGUAAGAAGAAACCUAGCUUCAAGGUUGUCUCCAGUCUUGUGGUUCAGCUCCUCCACUCUAUUAAGUUCUCCAUGGAGGUUCCCUUCUCCAAUAUUACCCAACAGCCAGUGGAGAUGCAGAAGACGAUGACUACAAAGAAGCAUCUUAACGGAGAUUUGGGACCGAUGAAGUUCUCAGAUCGGUUCAAGAUUCGGAGAAAACGUCAUGGAACUGCAACCCUUCAUCAACCAUCAAACAGAGUUAAUAGAUUCCUCUCCCAUGCAAUUGAUGCUAGAUCAGUGGACCAGGAGAAAACUAACCACGUAAACUCUAUUACACUCUCCUUCAGAGAUUCAGAUAAAGAACGGAUGUACCAGGAGGAUCCGGAUAUAGGGUUUCCUUCUUCCUUGUCCUGCUCACUUAUACUUACUCUUCUACUUGGAGGAAUACAGGCUCUGGUUCUACCCAGGACAACUAUCCUACUCCUUCUCUUCCUUACAGCAUUCAUCUGGAUUGCGGUCAUUCUCAUGCUCCUCCUAGCGGUCAGAUUAAGAUGUAUUCUCUGGGAUCUAUCUCGAUCCUUCCUUCUCCGGCUGGCGAUCACGAUCUUCUCGAUUAUUCUCAUCUACACUAUGGCACAGGUUAACGUGUUCACGUGUCAAAGAGAACCAGUUUCUGCGUGCUCUCUACCGGAGAGUAGGAAGGUUCUAGAGAAACCAGCAGUUACCGGAGCUGGGCAUAGGCUUUGUCUUCUACCUCACUAUAUACUGCUCUCUUGUAUGCUCUCAUACCUGGCAGUAUCAAUCUUUCUCAGGCUUCCUAUAGCAAUCAAAUCCCUUCUACUCGGAGCUAUGGGGAUUGUUUACAUUCUACUCAUUGAACUCUCCCAUGCGCCAGUUUUCGCCUGCUGGGAUUUGCGCUCCAAUGCGCUGGUGCCGCUGCAUAUUACAGCUGUUAUCGUUGCAGUCGUCUUCGUUUUGGCGGUUGCGAUGCACGGAAGACAGGUUGAAUGGAUGGCUCGGCUGGAUUUCCUCUGGCAAAUUCAGGCCAGAGAGGAGAAGCUUGAUAUGGAAGCUCUGCAAGGAUCCAACAGGAGAAUACUUUUUAACCUCCUACCAGCUCAUGUAGCAACCCACUUCCUGGAUAAUCAGUUCCGGAGCAAUAUGAACUCUAGCUUGGGCUGUAAGGAGUUAUACAGUCAGUCGUAUAACAGAGUUGGAGUUAUUUUUGCUUCUAUUACAAACUUUCAUGAGUUCUACACAGAGCUGGACGGAAAUAAUCAAGGAGUAGAGUGUAUCAGGUUGCUGAAUGAAAUCAUCGCUGAUUUUGAUGAUCUUCUGGGUGAGGACAGAUUCCGGGCAAUAGAUAAGAUCAAAACUAUCGGGAGCACCUACAUGGCAGCUGUUGGACUGGUCCCGGAGCUUAGGAUUUCUGAUGAUUGUGAGGACGGAGGAGUUAGCGCCGGAGCUGCUCUCACUCAACUCUCAGAAUUCGUUUUUGCACUCCGAGAGAAACUAGCUAACUUAAACGAGCAUAGUUAUAAUAACUUCAUGCUCCGUAUUGGUAUGAAUAUAGGACCUGUGGUCGCCGGAGUAAUCGGAGCUCGAAAACCUCAGUACGAUAUCUGGGGAAACACUGUGAAUGUUGCGAGUAGGAUGGAUUCUACUGGUCUACCAAACCAUACUCAGGUUACAGAGGAGGUCUUCGAUAUCCUGAAGCAUCUUCCCUACGAGUUUCAGCUCCGGGGGGAUGUGAAGGUAAAGGGAAAAGGCAAUAUGACGACCUAUUUUCUGACAGGGCGACGAGCUGCUUCAACCAUGCGUUUGGACGAUUUAAUUUCUCAGAAUAAUAUUUACUCUAAUCACCAGCCAACGUCACCUCUCAGCAAGAGGAUGGUUUUACCAAGGUUGGAUUCAAGACCUGCUGCUCCAUCUCCUAGUGGAAGCAGGAUGAUGCCUAGGUUACCAGCAGUAUCAGAGAUAGGUUCAGGUGAGGAGGAACAACCUCUUCUCCCUCCCCGAACAUCAAGCCGGAUUAUGCCAGCUAUUGGACGUGCACCAAUGCUUCCUCCUCGGCAGGAUAUACGAACUCCUCCCAGAAAUAUAUUUUACCAAGACCGAGGAACCCCACCCAGGGCUUCCAGAAGUGCCCCGCCAACAGGACCUGCUCCUCCUCCUCCCAUUCAAUCAAUUCCUCUUCAUCCUCCACUCCCUGCUCAUGUUUCACAGAGACGAGUAGUGGAAGCUGUUGUUAAAACUAAUGCUAAACUUAGGAACCCGCAUUCAAACUUACCAAGACACCAUUCUGAGGAGUCACUACAGUCCAGGGGGCUCUAUGCUUCCAAAAUUCAUUCAUCCGCGGAUGAAAUUUCAUCGAUGAAUCGGUCAGAUGACUCAUCCUCAGAUGAAUCCUUUUCUCGAACCGAUUUCUCAAGGACUGAUGUUGAAUCACCCUCUCCUCCUUCCAGACCAAAGAACAAAGCCCCCUGGCUCUAUCCCUCGGAUAUACAAAUUGAUCCUUCUAGUCUUGAAUCCUCUCCAAAACUUAGUCACGGGCCCCCCUUUCCUCUUCUCUCCAACCCUGCUCGGGAACCAGCCUCAAGAAAGGUUAGUUCAACCCAGCUCCGGCUCCCUAGUGUCGGACAAUCUCCUAGUCCUGCUCACCAUGAUGAUUUCAAAUCUGAAAUUGAAUCUGAACUGGAUUUUGAUGAUGUAAAUAACGAAGAUGGCGGAGCAGGAGAGAAACUUUGCUCCCGACUUGAACUCCCACCUGGAGUAGUCGGGGUUGAGUCCUGUAGGUCUGCCAUGUCUUCACCAAUGGAAUCUUAUAUCGGAGACUCCUGCGGGAGUUUUGAAUUUUUACCAAAAGAAUCUCAAGGUCGGCGAGGUAAAGGGAGCACUGAAAGUCCUCCCCGUGAUAUCAAGAAGGAGAUUGAAAUAAGAGCAAGUGAGUUGACUCGCGAUAAUAAACUAGGAAAGGAUGAAUCAAGACAACCAGGCAGUGAACCCAACCUGGAGCAAACCAGACCGGAAGAGGUGCUCAGGGUCAAAAAUGACACCGCAGAAUCUGUUCGUUCAGCCGGAAGCCGGAAGUCCACCGGAUCAGAUCGUCGAUCCAGCGGUGGACGGUCGAGCGGGUCGGAUAGACAACGAAAACGAAAAAACAGUAAUAACUCCGGAGGAGGAGAGAAGGAGAAGAAUAACUCCGGGAGUGAACGGGAUUCUAGUGAUACAAGUAGACUCCUGCCCGGGGUUGAAGAGGUUGCUAGGGAGGAUACGAACUGUGAUAUGAAGGAUGAACCUCGACCUGUAGAAUCAGAUGUUCUCAUAAAUAUGGCGCGAGGUAUUAAACCUCCCCCUGUAGAUCCGCUUAAGUCGGAUAUACGAUCUCCUAAAGUAAAACUACGACCAGGAAGACAGAAAGAAAACAAAAGCUUUGGACCAAUGCCAAACUUUGAACGAGAAAUCCACAGAAUUAUUGCAGAACAGGAGAUCCUGAAGCAGGAAAGUACAAGUCUGGAGCGGAGCAGCGAACCUGCGCCCAAGGAUGGGACAGAGAAGAUCUGUGAGUCGAGUCCCUCUAAGAUGAAGGAACUCCAGGAGAAGCUUGCUAAACUAAACUCCAGGUAUGUAGUUGGAGCUGGGAGCGGAGUAGAGAAGAAUGAGUUAGGAAAGGUUGGUUUAGCGGCUAUACAGGAUAUAGCGGCUAAACAAGAAGCAGCCUUGAUCCAUGAUGAUAUAACUCCGACCAAUGAUGAAAGUGUUCUCCGAUAUGAUCCUGUCAAUAACAAGAUGAGUCUGGGUGCUCUCCCCAGCAGUCCUAUCAGGCACCACCAUAGGUUGGCAGGGCGGUUCCCGCUAGAGCUCCCGUCUCCGUCCUCAUCUCCUAGGACGGAGAUUAGGCGGGGAGACAGCUUCAGGUCUCGAGGUUCUACUGGAAAGGGUAAAGAGAGUGAAUAUGAGAACCUGGAAUCUGAACCUGGAGACUCAGAUCAUGAGUUCCGGGAUCCUCUUCUAGAACUUCUGGAGGAGGGUUCCAAGGUGCUCCAGGUGGACCUAGAGCAGGGGGGCUUGAACCUAUCCCGGGACUCGGAGCAGCGUGAGAUCGAUGAGUUUGAAGAGGAAGAAAGAAGAUUGCUAGCUGAGGAAUCAAAGAGUUCUCCUGGUCUUCUCUUUGCUCUACCAGGAAGAUAUACUGGAGGGAAGAGAGAGGAGGAUGAGAUGAAACGACUUAUUGCCGCCCAGCGAGAGCUCCACGGUGACACGAGUCAGAGUGACUGGAGUGAGGAGGAUGAUGAGGAGCUGGGAGGAGGAAGAAGAGGAGCCCUCGACCAAAUGAGUAUGGCGGCGAACGGCGGG